AUGAUGGAUUAUCAAACUAUUCUCGGAACUUCUAUUAAGUGGAGUUUUAUUGAAGCAGAGUUGCAACAGUGGUUUGGAAAUGAAACGAAAUUUGGCGAAGGUAGACGCAUAGAGAUAAUCGGCGUAGGCCAGGGUUUCAUGUCAGUGUUGGGUCGUUUAUAUCCGGACUGGGUUAAUCCUGAUCCUCUAUUGCCAUGCAGUAUAAUAAUAAAGAUCUCUGCAAUUAAUGACCAAAUUACUGAUUAUGUUGGACUGGAUGAAUGCUACCCACAAAACGAUUCUGAAAAAAAGGCUGCCAAAGAAGCAUUCGUGAAGCUAUUAUUAAAGCUUCACAAUUCGGAAGUAUAUUUUUAUAAAUAUGCUAAGAAAUAUUCGUUCUGUGUCCCAAAAACGUAUUUUCUUUGUGAAGCAGAUGAAGAUGGAAAACCUGGAAUUAUAACCAUGCAAGAUAUGAAAGAAUCAGCUAUCAUCCCGAUCCAUAAAAAUAUGACAUUAGAACAAGUACGACAGGUGUUAGAUGCACUGGCCGAAAUUCAUACUGUUUCAAUAAAAGAUGAUUCAUGGAAAAUUUAUCCGAAAACAUCUUUAAAAGAUACUAUUACGGGUGAAAAUCGAAGUCCAGAGGUUUCUUUCAGUCCAUAUUUUAUGAUUGAAAAUUUCAAAAAUCUUUUGAGUAGAAAGCUGACUUUAGCUAAAUCAACGUGA